UGCCUUACAGAACUAGUGGCAAUUUCAAGAAACCUGUGGAGUACUCUUUUACAGCUGACUCUACAACAAGAACUUUUUUUCAUCCAACUGAAUUACCAGAGAAUUACAGGAGUCAAAAUGCAAUUGAUCUUCCAGUCCUUCCUCUCCUGCUGUCUGUUGGCGACAGUAGCACACUGUGUGGAACUUGAAGUGAACCCGGAGUUGAGAAAAAGGCUAAGCAUAUGGCUAGGGAGCAGAAUGAGACGGGAUCUUGACAGUGUAUCAGUACAGAGGACAGCAGAGUCUGACAGCUUUGUCAGACCAGAAGAUAUCAGGGAUACUUUGCUGCCACAUUCCAGCACUCACACCAAUGUCCGAACCAAGAGGUCUAAAAACUCAGCCAACCAGUCAAGAAGACAAGGUUGUUCGCUGGGCACCUGCACAGUGCAUGACCUCGCACACCGCCUGCACCAACUCAACAACAAGUUGAAGAUCGGGAGCGCCCCUGUUGACAAGAUCAGCCCUCAGGGAUACGGCCGGAGGCGUCGGUCUCUCCCAGCGCACAGAGUCACACUGAGGCUAGAGCAGGGCAGGCUGAGGCCCGUGUGGAGCAUAAAUGAGUCACAAGUUCACAAGCUUGAGGCUCUCCUCAGACGGACAUGAGCGGGAUUUUGCAAGAAGAGUUGGGAACAAAAGCGAGGGAGUUAGUGUGCUCUCUCUGUUCUAAAAUUCUCAAAAUGCCUCAGACUUCUGCCAAGUAUUUCCCGGCACAUUUUUUUCUAGGCAUGAGAACUGAGUCAGAGCAAGACUGGCUGCACUGAGUUUCUCUAGAGGCUGAAUCUUGCAGCUCAGCAAUGCCGAGCGUGCAAACAACUGCAGCUGGCGCACAGACACUGGAUGGCACGGCGUGGAGAGAACUACAGGUGCUGCUCUCUGCUUGGCAGGGGGAAAGGAAGAGUGCUAUUAGCUGGCAAAGUGGACACAUCCUCUGGCUUAAAGAGGGAACUCUCUUCUAACAUUCUGGGACUUUACACAUUUCUUCCUCAAGGCCAGGACUUUGAUAAGUGCUAUCCUCUAAGGAUUAUACCACCAUGUUCCAAACUGUCAGUACUUGCCUGCACUUUUCCAUUUGGACUUAAAGUCGAAUGAAUCAUCAGGAAAAGACAUCUUCAUCACAAUGCCAAACAGGAAGAUAGGCUACAGAGCUCUGAAGCUCUCAGUUUAUAUCAAGUUUUGGACACUGUAUAAGGGAUUCUGUGAGCUAUGUGCCAGUCCACAAUGGAUUGAAAUAUACUUGAAAUUGUUGUUGUUUGUACAAAAACAUGUGCAAUCUAUAUUUGUUUUUAUUGCAGGUAUAUGUAUAUAUGAAUUCCUUUAUUUAAAUAUUAUAUAGAGGUUACAUUAAAGUACUUAUGCAGAUAGAACUAUUUUUGUACAGGAAGAAAUAUAUAUAUGGGCAUUGUAGCUAAGUGUCAUUAUUCUUUUGCAAACUGUGGUAAUAGGAUAUGUGUUUUAUAUGUAUAUUAUAUAUUUGUAAAUGUGUUCUAUUUUAUUUGUUUCAAAGCAAUUACAUUGUUAUUCAAUAAACAUUU